UUAAUUAAUUGACCGUCGGAAAGGUAGCGACUAGUUAAAGUUUCACUUUUGUCAAGAAUGGCGAACUACAUAACGUUUGCUGUUGUACUAGUCCUACAGCUAGCUGUAGCGUAUUCUGAGGACGAUGAAGAUAAGUUAACAGCCAUAGAUACGCAAGAGGAGGAAUGGCACAUGGACUUCAUGCCUACGGGCUACUUACCGGACAGCGUGUACAGAGAGCUAGCGUGGUAUGGUAUCCUACAAAUUCAACCUCUUCACCACAGCUCCAAGUUUAAAGUUGCUGCGCAACUUAUUUGGCAGCACACCCUAGGAAGACCACACGUUAUUAUGGAAAAUCCACCACAGUCUUCUCAAUCCCCAGGAAAGGUAAGUCGGCAGAUCUUGGCAGAAGAGGCUGCGAAAUGGUCUCGUGAACAACGCGCGGCACAAGAGGUGCUCAUGGAAAACAUUAAGAGUGGCGGUAACGGUCUCACCGUCAGGACGGUAGUCAGUAAUCGCAAGAAAUCUAUUUACAUUAUCCAGAAUGGAAACUACUUCAAAUGUCCACCAGGUUCAGAGCCAGACCUUGACGCUUACCGAGUGCAGACUAAUUUACACGAACGUAAAUGUACCUUCGGACAAGAAUCUAUUCCAGUUGCCUUGGACCCUUGCAUCGAAGCCGAGGUAGCUCCCAUAGAGUAUUCAUUCGGUGAAGACUGGAUGUUCUGCCUCGGUAAUGGUGAGAGAGAAAACAAUUAUUUCCAGAACGGAACUUUAGAUUGCGGAAACAAAACUAAAAUUAGCGUGACACAAUUUCUAGAAGAAUGCGCUAUAGACAAUAAUAUAGUAAUCACAUUCGAUUAUUUCGGUGACGAGCCACGGAAGGAUAUGAUGCACAACGCUACUCUUUGCACCACGUGGGAUCCGUGUCGAUUAUCCUAUUUGUAUAGGCUUGAGGAGCCACCAACUGAGCUGAUGCCUGCAUUCCCGACGACAACCGAAAAUCCAUGCGAAUCUACUCCUUGUCCAGAAUGUUUGGAAGAUGCUGGUUCAGAUGGCAGUGUAGAGUUUAGACCUGAAGAAGUUGACACUGCUAUUGAGGACGCUGAAAAGGUAUAGCACCACGUGUAACAAAAUAUGAAAACUAUAUUAAUAAUAGUUUAUUAAUAUAUGCUAUAA